AUGGGACACACAGCAAAAUGCCUGAAGCAUAUUAUCCGGCAGCCAAGACCAAAACAGACAGGACGCGGAUUGCAGGAGGAGGAUGGGGAGGAGGAAGGGGAGGAGGACAAGGAUAUCUUGGAACCCACGCCUUGUCCACAAGCAGAGUCGUCAUCGUCAUCAUCACAACCAGAAUCGACCUUUGGAGGACCCUCAUCAUCCACAGUCGCAGCUACAGCCACUACCACGACAACAACAACGAUUACCCAUAUCAUCAUGCCAUCACCGAAUGCGUCAGGAUCCACGUCAAUGACAACCCAGGAUUCGAUGAACGACCCAAUCCAGCGUGCAGGGUCUCCUACAUUGUCACUGGCCCCUACAACGACUCUGCAGAAGGAACAAAUGGAUGCUUCGAACGAACCCAAGGCCAGGAUAGCAAGCCAGCGGAUCCGAAGAUAUAAGCGGCGCAAGUUCUAUUUCCGUGUGGAUUAUGGAAUGCCCAGUAGCCACGCCCAACUGGUCGCAUUUUUCGUCUGUUAUAUCUCACUCCAACUGGUGCUCAUGGAACCCGAGGGCUCGGCGGGACAGUGGUUCUUGAUCAUGCUGUUGCAACUUUAUGCCUGGUCUGUGGUCUGGUCACGUAUCCGCCUCGGUAGUCAUUCGGUCAGUCAGGUCCUUGUGGGCGCUGGGAUUGGAGCUAUUUACGGGACGGUGUGGUUCUCGAUCUGGGUGUGGAAAGUUGAGGAGAUGAUCAAACAUUGGCAGUGGAUGGACCGGUACGGAGUUAUUCAAGUGCGCAAGAUCUGGAAGCAGCUCGAGAUGGAUGAGGCCGUUGCUGUCGGCAGGGCGGACGGAAGAAUGUAUCUCCGACAUGGGCAAGGUUUGCCGCACAACGGACAAUUCCUCCGGUUUUGA